AUGGUCAAGGUCUUUCUCUCAGGGGCUACCGCAGAGUGUGAGUUCGAGUGCGUUGGUCCGGAUGGGAUUGGUACAUGUGUUCAUUGCCGCCCAAUUAUGGCUUGCGCAGUAAAAGUCAGCGACUUGGAGUUCCUGGCUGACACUGGCAGUGAAGAGGACCUGUUGAGCACCACAGACAAGAGGCGGUGUUACCCAAGAUCUGAGCCCCAAACAGCGGACAGUCCCGUGAAUCUAAUCGCCGCUGACGGCCCAACAAGUGCUGACAAAGUUGCUAAGGUAACGGUGCCCGAGUUAAACUCGAACGUAGACUUCUUUCUCCUUAAUAGCAGCCUUCCCGUAGUGUCGGUUGGCAAGCGAUGCUUGGACGAGCGCUAUGGGUUUAUUGGCCGCAAGCCAUUCUUCGUGAGGCCCGAUGGGUCGAAGCUGCGUUGCAGACUUUGUGGCAGGGUUUCCGUGAUAGGGGGUGGUUCAGGCGGUUACGCUCUCCCAGCAAAGUCGAAGGUGAACUCAGGUGCCCAAGCACUGUCGGAGGCUCCGUCCAGACCAAGCGUUGAUGAUGACGAUGCUGAUCUGGAUGAGUGGCUUGAUGAACUCGGCAGGCAAGGCAUCGAGGAAGACGACAUGAAGCGUUAUGCUGACCUCUUGGAGAAGGUUGAAGACGCUAAGCGCAGAAGAGCCGCAGCCGAAGCAAUGGAUGCGGAGUGGGAGAAGCUUCGGAAGAAAACCUGUUGGCUGGAAGAAAAGGUUCGUGAGUGUGAUGACGUUGCCCAGGAGGCACGCAAGAGCAACGCGAAGGUUCACUUCGGACGUAAGAUCCUAGACGCUUAUGGCUUAUGGCUCGCAACCAGGCUCCUCGAAGCAGCAGGCGGGUGCUAG